AUGCCUAGCGUUGCUGAAGCUAACGCUUCGGCCUAUGGCCCGACGCGCACCACCGUCACCACUCCCAACACCCUCACCGCCGAGGAGGAGGACAAGACGGACCGCUACAUGCGCGCCUGUCUCUACCUCUGUAUUGGUAUGAUCUACCUUCGUGAGAACCCCCUCCUGAGGGAGCCUCUCUCGACCAAGCACCUCAAGGCCCGUCUCCUCGGCCACUGGGGUUCCGACGCCGGCCAGGUCUUCACCUGGAUCCACAUGAACCGCCUCAUCAAGAAGUACGACUUGAACUCGCUGUUCAUCUCGGGUCCCGGCCACGGUGCCCCCGCUGUGCUCUCCAACUCGUACCUCGAGGGUGUCUACUCUGAGGUCUACCCCGACAUCACCGAGGACGUCGGUGGCAUGCAGCGCUUCUUCAAGCAGUUCUCUUUCCCUGGUGGAAUCGGUUCGCACGCCACGCCCGAGACUCCUGGCUCGCUCCACGAGGGUGGUGAGCUCGGUUACUCGAUCUCACACGCUUUCGGCACUGUCUUUGACCACCCGGAUCUCAUCUCGCUCACCAUGGUCGGUGACGGUGAGAGCGAGACUGGCCCGCUUGCUACCUCGUGGCACAGCACCAAGUUCCUCAACCCCGUCACUGACGGCGCCGUCCUUCCUGUCCUGCACCUGAACGGUUACAAGAUUAACAACCCCACCAUCCUUGCGCGUGUCUCCCACGAGGAGAUUGAGGCCCUCUUCAUCGGCUACGGCUGGAAGCCGUACUUUGUCGAGGGCGAGGACCUGUCGACCAUGCACCAGGCCAUGGCUGCCACGCUGGAGCAGUGUGUCACCGAGAUCAAGGACAUUCAGAAGAAGGCACGUGACUCUGGCGUGCCCUUCCGUCCCCGCUGGCCCAUGAUUGUGCUGCGCUCGCCCAAGGGCUGGACUGCCCCCCGCUCCGUCGACGACCACUACCUCGAGGGCUUCUGGCGUGCCCACCAGGUGCCCAUUCCCGAUGUUGCCACCAACCCCAAGCACCUCGAGGUGCUCGAGAAGUGGAUGCGCUCGUACGAGCCCGAGAAGCUCUUCACCAAGGAGGGCAAGCUUAUUCCCGAGCUCAAGGAGCUUGUCCCGCCCAAGCCCCUUCGCUUGUCCGAGAACCCCAUCGCCAACGCCGGUACCCGCCGCGCGCUGCACCUCCCCGACUUCCGCAAGUACGCGUUCAAGAACAUUACCCCCGGUGUCUCAAACCUCGGUGCCAUGGCCAACAUGGCCUGCUGGCUGCGUGACGUUGUGGCCAAGAACCAGACCAACUUCCGUCUCUUUGGCCCCGACGAGACCGAGUCCAACAAGCUCGGCGAGGUCUACAAGGCCGGCCAAAAGGUCUGGAUGGGCGACUACCUGCCCGAGGACGCCGACGGAGGCAACCUCACGUUCAACGGCCGUGUCAUGGAGAUGCUCUCCGAGCACACAGUCGAGGGCUGGCUCGAGGGCUACAUCCUUUCUGGCCGCUACGGUCUGCUCAACUCGUAUGAGCCCUUCAUCCACAUCAUCGACUCGAUGGUCGGCCAGCACUGCAAGUGGAUUGAAAAGGCCCUCGAGGUCGAGUGGCGUAACAAGAUCCCCUCGCUCAACAUCCUGCUCACCGCCACCGUCUGGCGCCAGGACCACAACGGUUUCACCCACCAGGACCCCGGCUUCCUGGACGUUGUCGCCAACAAGAGCCCCGAGGUCGUGCGCAUCUACCUUCCCCCCGACGGCAACUGUCUCCUGUCGGUCAUGAACCACACGCUCGCGUCGUCCAACUACGUCAACGUCAUUGUCGCCGACAAGCAGGACCACCUGCAGUUCCUCGAGAUGGACGAGGCCAUUGCCCACUGCACCAAGGGUCUGGGUAUCUGGGAGUGGGCCUCGAUCCGCCCCUUCGAGGAGCCCGACGUCGUCAUGGCCGGCUGUGGUGACGUUGUCACCGCCGAGGCCCUCGCCGCCACGGCCCUGCUCCACGAGCACCUCCCCGAGCUCAACAUCCGCUUCGUCAACGUCGUCGACCUGUUCAAGCUCAUCUCGCACGAGGACCACCCCCACGGCCUCAAGGACAAGGAGUGGAAGUCGAUCUUCACCGACGACAAGCCCAUCAUCUUCAACUUCCACUCGUACGCCUGGCUCGUCCACCGCUUCACCUACAAGCGUCCCGGCGCCGCCAAGCACCUCCACGUCCGCGGCUACAAGGAGAAGGGCAACAUUGACACGCCGCUCGAGCUCGCCAUCCGCAACCAGACGGACAGGUACACGCUCGCCAUGGACGCCAUCGACCGCCUGCCCAAGCUCGGCAACCGUGGCUCCAUGGUCCGCCAGCAGCUCAAGGACCUCCAGAUCAAGGCCGAGCAGGAGGCAUUCGAGAACGGUAUCGACCCAGAGUACAUCCGCAAGUGGUCGUGGCCCUACGCAAAGUCCAAGGGCGAGGUCGAGGUCCUCGCCUCGGCCAGUGGCCAGGGCGAGGUGGGCUUCACCGAGUAA